AUGCCUCUAUUCUAUCAGCAAGUGCUAGGGUUUUCCCCACUCAAAAGUGCAAUUUUAACAUUACCCUAUGUGUUAGCGCAAAGUAUCGCGGGUGCGAUAUCUGGACCUUUGAUGAGUCGAUGUGCUAGGUUCGCCAAAACUAUCUUUCAGUUGAUGUUCCCUACUGAUGAUAAGCAGAUUCACACCGGUGCUACGAACGGGGCUCUUUCUGUGGUCCUUUGGAGCAGGGCUACGCCUGCUGUUUCACAGGCAUACUCAUAUCAUCGUUUACGUAGUAGCUUGGUAGCUGUACAAGCUCUCGCAAAAACCAAAGAUCGGGCAGUGGCUACAUCUACUCGUAAUCUAUUGCGAUCGCUGGGUUCUGUUUUUGGUAUUGCGAUCUCUACUGCGACGCAACAGGCUGUUAUGCAGUCGGCUUUAUACAAUGGGACAUCAUCCAAGCCAUCUGAAGGCUAUUCCGUUAACGGUAUAACGGCAUCCCCUAAUGUAUUAGAUGCAAAGAUGGCUGGCUUUCGAAUCGUUUUCAUUACUCUAGUUCCUCUAAUCUGCUUGUGCUUCUUUGCGAAUUUCCUAGUGACUGAUGUAGUACUCACCGGAGAUCGAUAG